GCGGCGGAAUGGCGCUGCCCGCGCUGAGGGGAGGACGGGGAGGAGGAGAAGGAGGAGGACACGUCCCUCCCUUCCCGCCCUCGGCUCCUCCUCGCCUCAGCGACCCGCUCCUCUCCGCACGCCGCCCCCCUCCUCGGCUUUUUUUUUUUUUUUUUUUUUUUCGUCAGCCGCUGUAGAAACUCAGUGGAGCCCGAUGUGGUGUUGGCUGCUUUUCAGCCCGCUGCGGCUCCAGGCCGCUGGCGCCCACCAGCAAAACGGCAUGCUGGGCGAUGGAAAAGGGCGUGGUGGGAGACGGGUGCCUGCGGGAAAGGGGAGAAAGCGAGAGGCAGGGGAGCCAAAGUGCGACCGCAGGAGGAAGGCAAGCGCCGCGCCUCGGUGGUGGGGCCCGCGGGGGACCUUGCGCUGACAGUGUGCUUACUGCAGGUCGUGGUUUGGUGCCGCAGUUACCAGACAGUACUGGGGGAGGAGGCGCCCAAAGACGCCAAAACGUCGUUGCAGGAAGUCUGAGAUAUGGCAAAUGUGAGGGGCUGCUGCUUGUCCCUAGAGAAGCUGGAAAGCCUUCCCAGGAGAUGUGAUGAGCUGACCAAGCUCUCACACAACACCUGGGUAAGUCUCAGGAAAAGUUACUGAAAGGGCUGGGUACACCUACGAGCACUUUGCUGUGUUCUUACUCUAAGGACUAGUGGGCAUUGAAGGCUCGGAGAACUUUUCCCUUCAUUCCAGCUGGGCUUGGAUGAGAGCCCUAGAGAACACGCAGUAACCCAAUAUUGUGAAAUUAUGAAAUGUGUUAAGAGAACACCCUUAUUUUCUGAGUAUGGAAAGAGGCUGGUGUGUGGUAUUUGCUGCUGUAGGGGAACAGGAAUGUCUGCUUCAUUCCACGAUUACAGGGUAUGGAGCAGCAAGUUAACGCUUAACUAUGCAAUCAUAAUUUUAUUCAAUCUCUCAAGAUUGUUAAAAGUACAGUGGAAAAAGCCUGGAGUGGCUUUAUUACUUGACACACAACCACCACCCGACAAUGCCAUUCGCCGCCCCUCUAGACGAGGAGCUCGGCGCUCUCCACAGCGGGGGGCUGCCGGCCGCUGCGCAGGGGGCGAGCGGGCGGGUCGCUCGCCUUACGCAUUCUGCGUGCCGCGCUAGGCAGGAGGCGAGCGGGCGGGUCGCUGGCCGUACGCACUUUGCGUGACGCGCUGGGCGGGCGCGGCGCGUGCGCGGUGCCGAGGCGGUGGCCAUGAAGGUGGCGGUGGCCGGGUGCUGCCAUGGCGCCCUGGACAAGCUGUACGAGACGCUGGAGCUGCUGCAGCGGCGGCACGGCGUGCGGCCCGACCUGCUGCUCUGCUGCGGCGACUUCCAGGCCGUGCGCAACGAGGCGGACCUGCGCUGCAUGGCCGUGCCCGCCAAGUACCGCCACAUGCAGAGCUUCUAUCGGUACUACUCCGGCGAGAAGAAGGCUCCGGUCCUCACCGUAUUCAUCGGCGGCAACCACGAGGCUUCCAACCACCUGCAGGAGCUGCCCUACGGCGGCUGGGUGGCGCCCAACAUCUACUACCUCGGUUACGCGGGCGUCGUGCGGUUCCGCGGUGUGAGGAUCGGAGGCAUCUCGGGCAUCUUCAAGUCUCACGACUACCGGAAAGGUCACUUUGAAUGUCCACCAUACAACCAGCAAACAAUUAGAAGUGCUUACCAUGUGCGGAAUAUCGAGGUCUUCAAACUCAAGCAGUUAAAGCGCCCAAUGGACAUAUUUAUGUCACACGACUGGCCAAGGAGCAUAUAUCACUAUGGAAACAAGAAGCAGCUUCUUAAAAUGAAAUCCUUCUUCCGUCAAGAAGUAGAGAGCAACACGUUAGGAAGCCCUGCUGCUUCAGAGCUUCUGCAGCACCUGAAACCCAGUUAUUGGUUCUCAGCACAUCUCCAUGUUAAGUUUGCAGCUUUCAUGCAACACCAGACAAACUCCAAAGAAGAACUACCAAAGGCAACGAAGUUUUUGGCUUUGGAUAAAUGUCUGCCUCACAGAGACUUCCUGCAGAUAAUAGAUGUAGAGCAUGAUCCUACUGCAGGUGACUCGCUGGAGUACGAUGCUGAGUGGAUUGCAGUCCUUAAGGCUACCAACAGUCUCGUUAAUGUGACUCAGAGCUUGUGGAAUAUGCCUGAAAAUAAUGGCCUCCAUGCAAAGUGGGAUUACAGUGUAACAGAAGAAGCCAUCAAGGAGGUGUUAGAAGAGCUGAAUCAUAACCUCAAAAUUCCUUGCAACUUCACCUUGACAGCUGCUUGUUAUGAUCCCAGCAAGCCCCAAAAAAACAUGGAACCAGUCCAUACCAUCAAUCCACAGACCACUGAGUUUUGUGCCCAGUUUGGCCUCACUGACAUCAAUGAUAGGAUCCAGCAAGUUAAAGAAGAGGGCUCAGUACGAGCAUAUGAGGAGGAGGAGGAGGAGGAAGAGAUGGACAGUACUGGGUCAGCAGAGGAACCCAGUGAAUAUAAUACAGAUAAUUCUGGACUUUCAUCCAUUAAUCCCGAUGAAAUAAUGCUGGAUGAUGAAGGAGGUGAUGAAGACUUGAGUACGUGUUCUGUAGAUCCUUCCCCUGAUCAUCCUCCUGAGUUUUCUGCAAGUUUUUCUGAUAUCAGGAUCAUGCCAGAUUCCAUGGCAGUAUCAUCUGAUGAUGCUAUGGACUCCAAUAAUGAGGAACUGGAGAAAUCUGGCGUGUGUAAGCAGGCAGAAGAGAAGAGCUUGAAUGAGAGACCUUUAAAGCGCAUUGGUGGUAAUGAAAAUGGGAACACGGGCAUUAAAAAAAUUAAGAGACGGAAUCAAGCCAUCUAUGCUGCAGAGGAUGAAGAUAAAACAGAGUAACACUUCUGUGUUGCAUAACUAAGUUCUCUCCCUACUCCUUUAUGCAGAGGUGGUGAGAACUAUGGUGAACUACUCAUGCUUUUAACAUUAUUUGAUCUUAUUCACGCUGCUUUCUUGAGGUGAAGAGGCUCUAUGUACCUCUUUCAGGGAAGAAUAUUUAGUUUGAUUAAACAUCUAAGCCAGAAGCAAAGUUUUCCAACAAAGUGCUUUGUCAAAGGACUUAAAGCCCAUGUAUAAUCAGUCGAUUUUGCUUCGGUUCUCGGUUAUUAGUGUAUAUAUACUACGUAUCUUGAGCUGUACUGCUAUUCAAGAAUCACCGUGCUGGUUUAACAGGAAAAGAACUCUUACUCAAGUCAAAGUGAGAGGAUGCCUGACUUAUGAGACUGAACUAUUUGAUUUUAUUGCUUUUGUCUUGUUUUAUACUGAACUUUUAAUACAAAGUAGCAUAUGCAAUAACUGCGUGAACUAAAUUUGGAAGUAGAAUUCCCAGGAUAACAAAACAGCAAUAGAAGAGUGAGGAUUUUUGCUUCUGCUGACAUUCAUACCAUAGAAAAGCUUCGUGGUCAUAAACAAAACAAUGUGUAUUGUCUA